AUGUUUCCAAUAUUCAUCGACCCGUCAAUACCACCUCAAAACACGGGGGUUCAUGUUCACUCACUCCCGACUCACUACAUACAUACCGUCCGGUCCAACCUGCAGAUCUACCACCUCACCACCGCCAACAACAUGUCCUCCUCCCAAACACCCGGUAAUGAGAUGAGCUAUAAAGACCAGCUGGACCAGGUCGCUAAGGACGCCCGGAACCCCAACAACGGCAAGGACACCACGGGCCAGCCAAGCCUGAUCGAGAAGGUCACCGAAUACGUCCCCGCAGCGGGCAAGAUCUUCGGCACCGAGAGCCAGGACGACAAGACGUCCAAGGCCGCCGUGCCGAAGGAGACGCCCGGCCCGCCCGUCCGGCCGCACCACGACCCCAGCAUCGAGGAGUUUAUGCGGGAUCAGCAUAGGAGCAAGAAGCCCGACGGCAGCUUGGUCGGCUGA